UUCGUAUGCGCCCACUCAAUGUGGUCGAGCAGUGCAACAAAUGUCGCCUCAUCCUUGACUUGCGCAAGGUCAAUGCCCACUUCCACAUUCCCAAGUUCAAGUAUGAAGGCCUAAGCCGAAUCACAGAGCUCAUCCGACCCAAUGAUUGGCUUUUCACCAUUGACCUCAAGUCUGGCUACCAUCACGUUGAGAUGCAUCCCUCCUGCUGGAGGUUCCUAGGCUUCCAAUUCAAUGGGGAAUACUAUUGCUUCAGGUCUGUGGCAUUCGGUUUGGCAACGGCACCCUUCGUUUUUACUCAGCUCAUCAAGCAAUUGGCCAAACGAUGGAGGGCUCGCGGUGUACGUGCCGUCCCAUACGUAGACGACCUUCUGUUCAUGUAUGACUCUCGGGAGCAAGCGUGCUUGACCUGCACGGAAGUCCUCCAGGACCUCAAGGCAGCCGGAUUUGUCAUCAACGCGAAGAAAUCACACAUGCAACCAUCCCACCAAAUCCGCUUCUUGGGCCUCGAGCUCGAUACCACCCGCGGCUUGUUUCUGACAUUCGCACGAUUCGAGAAGGACGUGAAGCGAACCGACAACGGGUUCCUGGCGAUAGCAACACAGGUGGAGAAAAAUGGAGAGAAGACCUCGGAACCUUCGAAAAAAAUCAAGGAAUUGCUGAAGGAGUUCCAAGACAUUCUUCCUUACUAUCUUCCGAACGAGCUACCGCCAUACCGAACGCAUCAACACAAGAUUGUGGAGGAACCAGGUUCGAAGCCGACUUUCCGAGCACCAUAUCGGCUCAGCCCUACGGAGCUGACCGACAUGAAAAAACAGAUCGAGUAUCUCCGUGCCAAAGGACUCAUCCAACCAUCCACUUCGCCAUACGGUUCCUCAGUGCUCUUCACACCGAAACCGGACAGAAGCCUAUGCAUGUGCAUCGAUUACCGAGCUCUCAACAAGCAGACCAUCAAGAAUAAAUAUCCGAUACCACGAAUCGAUGACUUGGUUGAUCAGCUUCGGGGAGCUACGGUAUUUUCCAAACUGGAUCUGCGGUCCGGAUACUGGCAGAUACGAAUGGCGGACAACUCCAUCCACAAAACUGCUUUCCGAACUCGGUACGGAUCGUACGAGUAUUUGGUCAUGCCGUUCGGACUCACCAACGCACCGGCAAUGUUCCAAGCCGAGAUGAACUACAUUCUACGCCCACUUUUGGACGAAUGCAUGGUGGUGUACCUGGAUGACAUCCUCAUCUACUCACGCGACAUGAAACAGCACGUCGAACACCUGCGACACGUCUUCGAGAUUCUUCGACGGGAACGGUUCUACGUCAAAGUGUCCAAGAGCGAAUUCGCCUUUGAGAAAGUCCAGUUUCUAGGACACGUGGUGAGCACUCAAGGAGUUCACGUCGACCCCAAGAAAGUCGAAGCCGUACGUACGUGGAAGACACCCGAGAACGUGAAGGAGUUGCAGCAGUUCCUAGGCUUCGCUAAUUACUACAACAGGUUCGUGCCACAGUAUGCGAAACUCGCGACACCACUCACGAAUCUGCUGAAGAAGAACACACCCUACAAAUGGGAGCCGAAGCACCAGGAAGCCAUGGAUCAGCUGAAACAAGCACUCACAUCCGCACCAGUACUCAUCGUGCCAGAUCCCGAACCCGACUACGUUAUCGAAGCUGACGCCAUCGACCAGGCAGUGGGAGCAGUCUUGAUGCAAGACCAGGGGAAUGGACUGCAAUGAAUCGCCUACCUGAGUAAGAA